AUGGCAACCUCGACGGUGACCAUGGUGUCACCAAACCAACCGGUACCGUUGACGAGAAUACCAUCCGCCUUCAAGGACCCCAGGCCACCACCAUCGACUCCUACAAAAACGGCACAGUUGUGGGACGAGUAUGAGAGACAGGCUGUAGAAAAAGCAAGGGAAAGAGAGAUGCAUACCCAGACGCUACAAGUUCUAUUACCUACAGCUCCGAAGAACAGAAAAAUACGCCCACAGCUCGACAGAUGCACGUCGAGAUCAAGUUUUGACUUUCGGUUCCGACGGGCACACGCUGCUACACCAUCAACUACAGUGUCCAUAUGCAAGACAUGCCAACACCCCAUCAUCUACGCCUCUGGAAUUUGCGAACUCUGUAUAAGAACCAUUGUCCUCCCCGCUCCGGGAGAAGCCACGCCCCCCAUCAGUCCUGCCACACGCAACUUCCCCAUGUCGGACCCCCAACAAUUCCACAAAAUCUCAUCCGGCGAAGAAGCAAUUGUCCCAAUACCAAUAUCGCCAAGACGUGCAUCAUUCUGCCCACUUCCACCACACAUGGCCGAGCUACCCAUGCGAAUGUCGUCACUGCAGCCCCCCUCUGAGCAGCAAGAAGCAUAUCUAGACACGUCACGGCAGCGAAAAGUCUCCCUCACCGACCCCAAUCUCCCGAUUCUACGUCUCCAAAUUGCACACGUACCCCGAUCACAGCCCGAUUCCCACCCCACAACACCCACUUCUCCUCCAUGGACGCAAUCGCGAUCCUCGACGCGCCGCUCCAGCUUAGCAAACGUUGCUUUACUACAAACGCAGCCCUGGCCCCACGCACGCAAUGACAGCGCCACGCUAUCAGAGAUGAGCACUUUGUACCCUUCUGCUUCUGCAGGCGCUUCCUCACCACCCACUUCUUGUCGCGUCGGUUACCCGCUGCAAACCACCGUGAGCGCGUGGGAUGACUGGGACUCUGAUGACGACAAAGUGGGGCUUGCGGGCUGGAUGGGACGACGAAAAGCUAAAAGCAGGGGCAUGGAUAGCUUUGAUAGCGAGAGGGAACGGCCUCGCACAGGUGUUUCCGACAGACCCCGAAAGGCGCGCAUGAGCAAGGAGGAGAUUAAGCUUGAGCGUGUGCGCAUCGAGGCGGCGGAGACGGCGAGGGCGUUUCGUCUGGCGAGUGAGAAUAUGCCGAGGAAGAAACAGAGUGGGUUUGCGAAGAUGUUUACCUGUGGGUGUGGGGAUGAUUAA